CAAUUGCGCGACGAUCUAACGUCUCCGGCUCUUGAACCACCCGCCAUUGGACCCCCUUCGUCCUCUAUCUAGCGACUUUGAUCAGUCACUCUCUCCCCUUCUCGUCUUUCUUCUUUCCAAGGGUUUUCAAGAUGUCCGCCCCGGCGUCCCGUGCCGUCCUCCGGCAAUCGCAGUUCCUGGCUCGCAGGACCGCAGUCAGACACGCCUCUUCCACCUCGGAAGCCGCUUCCAAGGCUGGCGAGGCUGCUUCGUCCACUGCCUCCAAGGCCUCUGAGGGCCUCUCUCGUGUUCAAUCCUCGGCUGGUCCCGCCAUCUCCAACGCUGCUCAGGGUCUCGGUAACGCCCUGAAGAAGGUUGGUGGAAGAACCGGAAAGGUCAUCUCUUUCGUCGAGAGCAUGAUCCCCCCCACCGUCUACUACAGCAAAGUCGGUCUCGAGCUCGCCAAGCUGGUCUUCCGUGGACAGAACAUGACUCCUCCGAACGUCGCCACUUUCCAGGCCUACCUCGAGCCCUUGAUCCGCAACCCCACGAACUCCGCUUUCGCUCCCUCGAACAUCAUUGCCCGGAUCCGCAACGCCAACAAGAAGGAGCUCGCCUUCGCCGGUGUCACCGCCGCGGAGGUCAUCGGUUUCUUCACCGUCGGGGAGAUGAUCGGUCGGAUGAACAUCAUCGGCUACCGGGGAGAGCCUGAGCACGCCGGACACCAUUAGAUAAAUACCACGCAGUUGUGCCUUAGCCUGUCUUCCUUCCCUUUUACACAAACAAUCCCCCCCCGUUUCCUUUGUGCGCUGUACUAUUGUAUGAUAGACGAUGGAAUUCAACUGUUGUCUGAGGUGACUGGUGUACUCGUUUUUUUCCCUCUGUCAGUGGAACAUGUUUGCUUUUGUUUCCAAAAAGUGUUUGGGUAUCAAAAGCCUUGCUGGAAGUGUGUGCGUCCGGUUAGAAGAUAGACUUGUUCCACCUGCGCUCGAAUGUUCUUAGAUAUCUUUUUGAAUUACAUGUGCCUUGUUC